UUAUAAACCGGUAAAGAAAAGGAAACAAAGAAGAGGCACGAGAGAGGGAGGGGUUGGUUAGAGUUGGAGGCGAGCUGACGGCGGACGUGCUCGCCUCUCUUCUCCGGCUCUCCCUCUCCCUCUCCGCAUUCCGUUUCCAUUUCCGCCGCAUUACGAGGUAUUUUUAGGCGUGGCAGAGGAGGGGCAGCGUAGAGGGAAGGAGGGGAAGACGCAAUCUUCAUCGUCUGGCGCGGACCCAUCCGCUCGGCAUUCCUCCCGUCGUCGCCUUCCGUCCAGAUCCCUUCUUCAGUUGAGACGGUCGGAGAAGAUGAUGGGCGGCUUCCUCUCCAGGAUUCUCCUGUUGGUUUUCGGCUACGCCUAUCCUGCAUAUGAGUGCUACAAGACUGUUGAACUGAACAAACCUGAGAUCGAGCAGCUCAUAUUUUGGUGUCAAUACUGGAUUUUAGUUGCUCUCAUGACAGUUAUGGAGAGGUUUGGAGAUUUAACAAUAUCAUGGCUGCCGUUUUACUCAGAGGCAAAGCUGAUGUUCUUUAUAUACUUGUGGUACCCUAGGACGAAGGGAACUACCUACAUUUAUGGGACUUUCUUUAAGCCAUAUAUUUCACAGCAUGAGAAUGAAAUCGACCGUAAUUUGCUUGAACUGAGAGCUAGGGCCAGUGAUGUAGUUGUCGUUUAUUUCCAGAAGGCCGCUGCUGUAGGACAAAAUACCUUCUUUGAUGUUUUGAAGUAUGUUGCUUCACAGUCGCCAUCCCAAAGAUCAAAGCUACAACGUUCUCAGGAACCACAUCAGCCACAACAACAGCAACCAGCACCGCAGGUACAGCAGCAGCAACCACAAAAACAAGCACCACCUGUUAUGCGCAGAGCAGCAUCUAUUGCUGCUCGGCAAGCAGCUAUGGCACAGCAGUCUCAGGAGACCAAACCUGUUUCCCCCAAGAUCAAGCGUCAAACAUCUGCGAAAGCUGGUCCAGUGGCAUCCUCGAGACCAACAACAGCUGCAUCUUCAACGAAACCUGAUGAGAUCACAAAGAAAAGCGACGUCAAAACUGCCGCCGACCCGGCUCCGGCUCCAGUUGCUGACACUACUGUGCCAAGGUCUGAGCCUAGGGCUCCUCCAUCCCCUGAAGCCGAUGGAGUGGACAAUAUGGUCGUCGAUGAGGCUGACGACGCUGCAGAAGGCACGGAAGAGCUUGAUCCUGCGUUAGAGGAGACAGUAAUGGAAGAGACCAUCCGCGUGACUCGCGCCAAGCUAAGGAGGCGUGCUAUCGCUGAGGGUCCUGCAGGAAAUUAGCUGCAGACCGUUCUUUUCUUGCACAUUGCGUUGCUCCUUUCUUUUGAAUUUUAGAGUGUCAUGCUGUUUGGUGGGGAUGAUAUCUGAUUGAGUUUCAGAGUUACCAUCUUUACCUGCCCGUUUCUGUGCUUGGAGUUGUAAAUACCACUGGGCAUAUGUAUAUACAGAUUGGUUGCAUUUGCAAUGAACGCGUGUAUCUUCUUGAUUCUUUAGGCAUACUUCAAAGUUUA